AGACAGAGCACACACAGGAGCGGUGCUCGCUGAGCCCACCGGAACCACCGCGACCCAAACCCCCUCCCAAAACAAAACCGCGGCCCCCCGCCCGGACCCGAGAGCGGAGCGAUUCCCCAUUUCAAAAAAAGGCGACGAGAGUCCGCCGCCGUCUCCGCCCCGAGCCCCGAUGGUGUCCGACCAGGAGCUCGCUCGCUACGUCGAGUCCUUCGUCCGCCAGGCUGCCGCGCUCCCCGGCGCCGCCGGGGCCGGGAUAUCCCCCGACGCCGUCGUGCGCCAGCUCCAGGCGCAGCUCGGCGUCGACCUCGCCCCCAGGGCGCCGCUCAUCCGCGACAUCCUCAUCGCGCUCCUCUCCCCCGCCCUUGGCCCCGCUCCGCGUAAAGACCAUUUUGCCCCCGCCUCCUCUCCCCACGCCCAGCCCCACUUCAGCACCACCACCACCACGGCCUCCGCUUCCGCCCCCGCCGGCGUGCCCCACUUCUUCUCGCAGCAACCGACACCGCAGCAGCUGCAGUCCUAUUACGCCGCCUCGCAGCAGUACCAGCAGCAGCACCAGCACCAGCAGCAGCAGCACCGCGCCAGCCCGCCGGCCUCAUCGCCGUAUGACGCCCCAGGGUCGUUCCGCUACGCACAGCCCGGCGAGGCGCAGCUGCAGAGGCUCGUCCAGCUGCAGCAGUACCAGCAGCAGCAGCAGCAGCACCAGCAGCAGCAGAUGGCCGCCGCGGCUAAUGCGGCCACGGCGGGGGCCAGUCCGCGUGGGCCGGUGGCCGAGAGUCCGCGUGGGGCCGCGCCCGCGAGGGCCAAGAAGGAAAGUGCAAGUACUGGAGUAAAACGAAGAGGUGGUCCAGGGGGAUUAAACAAAAUCUGUGGUGUUUCGCCUGAGCUGCAAGCUAUUGUUGGUGAACCAACAAUGGCUAGGACUGAGAUCGUUAAGCAGCUUUGGGCGUACAUUCGCAGGAAUGACUUGCAGGACCCAAACAAUAAGAGAAAGAUCAUAUGCAAUGAUGAGCUACGAUUGGUUUUUGAGACUGAUUGCACUGAUAUGUUCAAGAUGAACAAGCUUUUAGCGAAGCAUAUAAAACCACUCGAGCCAACAAAAGAUUCAAAUCGAGAUAUGAAGAAGCUGAAGCCUGUGGAAGAUGUUCCCGUUCCUCCUGCCGAAGAUGUUGCUACAAACCAACCUCUAGUUAACGUGUCUGAUGCUCUUGCUAGCUUUUUUGGAACUGGAGAAAGAGAGAUGUCCCAAUCUGAGGUUGUCAAGCGUGUUUGGGACCACAUCAAAAGCAACAAUCUAGAGGAUCCAUCAAAUCCCACGAUGAUAUUAUGCGACUCUAAGCUUAAAGAUCUCUUUGGGUGUGAAAGCGUAACUGCUCCGGCUGUUUCAGAGUUGCUGUCAGACCACCUUUUCAAGCAACCUAACAAGAUCUAACUGAUGAAACAUGGUUGGUCUAACAUCCUGGUAGUAGGAACUGAUGAAAUGGCAGAAACUCGCCGAAGUUAUUAACUGCAUCUUUGGUACCCAACAGGCUUAUUUACUUACGAGAAAGGGCUGUAGGCUAAUCUCAUCACAGUAGCAAUGAAAAGGAAUGCUAGUUCUGCAUAUUGUCUAGUUUGGUCUUCCCGGAAGGGUCUCACAUCUGGUAGGCUGUCCGAAUUUGUAGCAACAGUAAGAGAAAGUGAAAGCUGAUUUAACUUUGAUGUAAAUUCAGCAACCAUAGACGCGUCUUAUGGUAAGAGGCAGCUUUCUCCCUUUUUACCCAGAACAUUGUGAUGUUGUAGGUGAUGUCUAAUUAUAUGUUGUAGAUCGUUAUCAAAAUGAUAAAUUUGCUCCCGGUCGUUCUAAA